UUUAUCUUAUUCGCAGUUCAUUCUGAGUGUGUGAGAUCUAUUUUGAGUGUAAGACAUGAGCAGUAAACCAACACAGGGUAGCACAAAGAAGCCUGGGAUAGCUGUUAGAAUUGAGCGUUAUUUUUCUCCUACCUGUUUUCUGACUGCUCUAACUUCACGCCUCAGGAUUGGCUAGUGCGAUCAUGCCUCUUGCGCUAUGAUUGGCUGACUGCCGAUAAGCUUAAACUGCUAGCCAAUCGGAGCGCAGAAGGUGGGUUUUGGCGUAAUACGUGUGGGGAAAAUAACGCUAGCUGUGAAGAUAGCCAGGAAUUUGUAGCUAACAAAGUCUUAGCGUUGAGCUAAACCAGUGACCAUGGUUCACUGGAGACAAACCUGCCAUUCUGUAGGAUAAUACGGACUACAGACUAGCAGAGGGUGUUAAUUACACGUAGUGCUGAGAUAAGAUGUCGAAGCCCGUCUGCUUGUGUAAUAAGGAGUGUGUGACCGUUGAAUUAGUGCCUAUGUGACAUGCUGGCCUGUCUGCCGGUAUCAGCCCCCUCUCUCCAGCUUCUCACCCACACGCAGAUGAACACUGGACCUCAGAAAUGGGACACUACACAGAAGAUGCGAUCUGCACAGUAUCCCACGCCAGCAGAGUUGGAUGCCUAUGCUAAGAAAGUUGCAAACAACCCGCUGACUAUAAAAAUCUUUCCCAGUAACGUGAAAGUACCUCAGAGGAAGCACCUGCGCCGUACAGUGAACGGUCUCGACACCUCUAGCCAGCGCUACAGCCCCUACCCUACUCAGGUCAGCACCAGGACUGGCCUCUUGGCCAUAGUCAAAGUUCCUGUUAAAAGAAUCCUGGAGAAUCCUCAAGUCCGCUUCCUCCCUGAGAUCGCCAUGAACCCACAGAAUGGACCCUACGGCACUCCAAGCACUUUAAACCUGCCUCAGACUCUUCCGUGCAUGCAGGCUCUCAACCAGCCACAGCUUUUGGCUCAGAAGAACAUCCCCCAUUCUCAGAGCUUGCAGAGUCAGAAGAACCUCUUUCAUACUCAGAGCAUGCAAACCCAGAAGAACCAUCCACGUUCUCAGAGCUUGCAACCCCAGCAGGCCCUUCCACACCCCCAGAGCAUGCAGGAACAGAAGGCUGUGCCUCACCCUCCCAGUUUACUACAGCAGCAAAGCCUGGGCCAUCAGCAAGCAGUUCAUCCUGGCCUGCCUAGACAACAGACUGUGCAACAACAUGCUCUCAACCAUCAACAUGUUCUCAUGCAGCAGCAAUCAGGUUCUCAGAACCUCCAUCACUUGCCUGAAAUUCCUCAGUCAGCUGGCCUGCAGCACUCCCACAGUUUCCCCCAUUCUCAGCCCAUUCCUCAAACCCCCGGUCCAGGCCUUCCAGCCCCUAGCAAUGCCAUGCCUGGUGCCAAGCUCCCCGAUGCAGACGCCCCGCCCAAUGUAACUGUGUCUACCUCAACCAUCCCUCUGUCCAUGGCGGCCAGCUUGCACCAGAAGCAGCCCAGUGACCUGAGCAGCAUCGUUCACCAGAUCAGCCGCUUCUGCCAGGCACGAGCCAGUGCCAGUGCCACAUCAGUGUGUGAAGGCCAAAUCGCCAACCCAAGCCCCAUCAGCCGUAACCUGUUGAUUGAUGCCAGCUCUCGAGUGUGUGCUCACAACCCUCUGCCCUCCUGUGCCCUCGCCAGCACCGCCGACAAAGCUGCUCUGACAUUGCCCAAUAUGGCCCCCAUGAACAUGAGACAUGCUUAUCACGAUAUGAAACAGCAGCCGGCUCAGCCCCACUUACCACAGCAGCACCCCUGGAAUCAGCAGCUGUCUCACCUCCAGUCCCUCUCAGAUGGCGCUCAGCAAGGGAAGAAUCCGGCCAGAGAUGGCACAGCAGGGCCUGGUUUUCCAAGCAAGAAUAUGAGCUAUGCGCAGGAUGUGUGUUUGGGCCAGUCAUUUAAUCUGAAGCCCCCUAUAGACAAGCCCACACCUUCACCACCCGUCACUGCCAUGUCUGGAGCUGUGAAUUAUAGCAACGGGCAUUACGUGCAGCCACCAUGGAAUGGCAUCUUGCCUACACCCAAUAGUGAUGGCUCAGGGUCUCAAGAGCUGGGUGUUCCGUUCCACACAGGCAUGUCUGGGGCAUCCAUAGAGAACAGAACUCGAGCAGGCAACACGGGCCAGAUGAACCUGAUGCCACCCAUGGAGUAUGUGGGUGGAGAUUAUCAGGGGCCGUGCUUUCGAGAGCAGAACACGGGCAUGAUGGUGAAGAUGAGCAGGGCUCAAGAGUCAAAUGAUAGUCGCAAUGUGCACAUUCAUCACCCAGGGUACAGAUGAGUAAUGGUCUGCUUAGGCGAGUCAUCCUUCAGUGUUAGACUCAGUAUAAGAAACACAUCUCUGCUCCUCCUUCUUUUGUUUCCAGUCUUGCAAGUGAUCUACUGUAUGUUUUCCCCAAUAAGUCAUGGCCAUCAGUUUACUCAAUUUUACUGUGUGCAAGGUUUCAAAUGGCUCUUCUUUUUUGUGUAGAUUAGAUUAUGAAUCAACCUAUGGGGAAAAAUCUAUAUAGAAAUCUGUGUAAAUCCAAUAUUUAUUUGCUGUCAAAGCUGUUGAAAGCAACAUCUGUUUGUUUGUGGUUUUUUUUUUCUUUUUCGGUUUAUGUUCUGCAGUUUCAUCUAGACCUACUCAUCGAUCAGUGCAGUAUAUGUCAGAUAUGUGACAUGCUGUAUUUCUUCCAGUUUAUUUUGGUGUAGUUUACUUGAUUUUAUUAGAAGUGCUAAUACUGAUGGGCCACACUCCCAGCUUACUGAAGGAAUUACAGAGGUGCCAUGUUUCUAAAAUGUGAGACUGUUUCUUCUGUGCCGUGCUCUGGCAUUCUGGCACAGGGAUCAGAUAUUCCCUUUCAAUGUUUACAUGUUAAUUUGCACUUGUAACUUUGAAUCAGUAAAAAGUGCAAAUCAACGCUGGGUUAUGCACCUAUGACAAGACUGUUUCUUGAGGCUGAUGUUCAUAAAUUGGCCUCAAGACUCUGAUUGGACUGUUACUGUAAGGCUUUCUCAGUGUGAAAUAUUUUCUCUCUUAUUGUGUCAGCCAAUAUUGGUUCCCUCUGUGAUUGGUGUUGGCUUUUCACUUUAUUGGGUAUGCCAUAAGGUUUAGUUAUAUUGUCCAUCUGUCAUGAAGUAGACACACCCUGGGAGCCCUGGAAUUUAUUUUAAACCUGUGCACAUGGUGCAUAGUUUGGUAUUUUUGUGUUAUUUGUGUUGAUUUUGAAAUAUUGAGUUUCUGAGUUGUUAUUUUAAAGCUAGUUACAGUUCACUACAGGACUUUACAACCUUUCAGGGUAUGUGAACCCGAUCAGGAUCUGCUUCUACCCUUCAAACCCCAUUGAAGUAUGUAUGCGUGGAAAGAGCAAGGUGAUCAUCCUGAUGGUUAGGACAUGUCCACCCAGGCCAGCCCUUUUGAAACCUUUCCAUUUUAUGGUCAUUUUUCAGUUUUGUCCAGGGAAAAACCUUACUUGAGCAUUAAUGGAUCACUUGCAAAUUUUAUGGCAAUAUAAAAGAGGACCACAGGCUAAAUCUGAUGUGAUAUGAACACUUGCCUCCUUGCUGUACUACUGUAACUGAGGGCUGUAAUAAGCCUUGUGUGAAUGUGGUGAUGGUGUGGACUGAACUGCAUGUUUGCUCCAUCAGUAACCCCAUUCUUCUCUUUUUUUUCAGCAACUAAUGAUCCAUAAAUGUAACCAAGUUAUGAUAUUUGUUGCUGAUUCUGGAGAGGGCUCAACUCAGGUGCCAUUUGGUUUUUAACCUGAGGAAUACCACCAAUAAAAAUGAUUUUCAGACCUAGAAAAGUAAAUUAAUAUUCUGGGGGGGGACGGGGACGGGACGGGACUACAGCAGGUUGUAGUUACAUAAUGUAAAGUUACAUAAUCAAUAAAGCAAUCGAUUACUUAGAACUUACUUUAAAUGGUGUCCGCUGCUUUUGGGAAUAGUCUUGUAUGCCGAGUGCCUCCCUUUCUCAGGUCUACUGGUGCCUCCUUACAUGUCAUCUUCCCACUUCAUGCACAUUACAGUGUCUAUUCAUAUUUUUUCUAGUGACGUUAGACUGUACGUAUGAGAGCAGGCCAUCUGGUAGCUGAGUGCAGGUAUUUUUACACUGCACACAGGCUUUGGUGUAACUGAUGGAGCAAACACUGAGCAGUUUCAAGGUGACAUGAAUAACAUGCAGUAUGUUAGCCUCACUGGUUACCCCUUAAGAGCCUUAAGUAUUUGUUCCUUGGACUGUCUUUGAUAACAGGCAUAGUGAAGAAGAUGCCGAAUUAUGUUUUUAGCUGUUUUAAUGUAACUUUUGUUUUAAUGCAAACCCCUCCCCCCCCCCCUUUUUUUUUUUUGUUUUGAGAAAACAACUUCCUAAGAUGAGGAUUAACUUUUUAUAUUUAGCAACUUAACUGUGUAUAGCUGUAACAGUUGUCAUUUUGCAUUCAGACCAAAAUCACUUACUUUCCACAGCUAGAUAAUUUAUUGUAUUGGCUUUGUUAUUGCAGCACAACAUUUUAAAGUCCAAGGUCUCUGUCAGUCAUUCGCCAACAGCAGCUAAAUGAUGCAAGCUGAAUUGAACCGAGCUUUGUGACUUGAAACAUACAGAUUGCAGUGACUGAGCCCAGACUUGUGUCGGUUAAUUGUGAAUAACUAAUUCUGGGUAGGCUUUUGCCAUUAUACUUUUUUUUUUUUCCCUCCCCAAGAAGCUGCUAUUUUGAUUCUAUCCAAGUUACAGUGAUAUAAGGGUAGAAGCCAGUCGUAAUUUAUGCUCUGCUUUUUAAAAUGCAACAUUGUUAAUGGAUAAGUACUGAAGUGAAUUAAUACAUUUGCUUGUCAACUGCUAACUGCUUAUCAUAAUUAAGACAUUGUAAAGCUUGAAGAUUAGAUUUGACACAAUCCUUAUUUCAUGUGUUGUUACAGCUCCAGGGCACAAAGUCAGGUUGCUCUUUAUAAAAGUUCCUGUUUCUAUGUGAAGUGCCUACACUGGGCGGAUGUGGACUGUGUGUAUAUGUGACUGCCUGGGGGGGGUAGAAAUAAGAAAAGUGCUGGCACAAGUGCACACUACAAAGACCUGGUGCACUGUUCAUGAGUGGGGGACCAAACUGCGUAAAACUACUGAUAGGAAGAACGCUGCAUGUGCCGCCUCAGGCAUAAAACCUAUUUGAAUUUAAAUUUGAAUAUUUGCUGCUGAAUCUUUAGUCUAGGUUGGUAAACCUACGCUGCUGAACUUCUAGUGCCCUAGAAACCUUCUACGGAGCGCUUUAGAAAGUUCUUUAUAUCUUAUAGAGCACAUGUACUCUCAAUAGUACAUAAUGACAGUUGUUUUUUUUUUUUUCUUUUAAGUUUAGGAUUCAUGCCAAGGGCGUUUCAUCUUGUUCUACCAAAGAACAAAAUGUCGCAUGAAUGGUAGCAGUGUGCAACUGUAACUUAAAUGUCAUUCCAGAUGCCCAUGUUUUUCAGGAAUAAUGUGUUGCACAAACAUUCCCCUCUAACCAAAAUAAAGGUUGACUUGCAUUUGAAAA